ACAUGGCGCUGUGGUGAGACAUCUUCCCGCCACUUCCCCCACGUGACCAUGUCCAGCCGCUGGGAUUGGAUGCUGGGGAUUAUCUUUAUGGUGGCCAUCAGUGUCAUUGUCGUUGUGGCCACGUUUGCGUGUGUAGCGUUUUGUAAAUGUAAGAAACGAAUCAAGCAAGCUAAAACAGUGGGCAUCGCUCCGGUCCACGAAGAUGAUCAUACAGAUCCUGCAUUACGCCCUAUACAAACUGUGUCCCCUAGGACUGUAUCCCCAUCUGACAUUGGUCGAGGACGACAGAAGAAAACACCUGUAACACCCCUCCACACCUCUAGAUCUACCACAGUAAACACUCCUCUUGGAUCCUCAUGCCAAUCAAACGAUCAUUUCUUUUACUCUAGUAGACAAGCAUGGAUGUUUGAACCCGACUAAAUAAAAAGUUAUGUGCCUUUUACUAUAUUACGCAUUGUCACCCAAAAAAAUUAAUAGGACAGAAUAUCUAAUGGAUUUAAUUUUGCUUUAUGAAUGUGAAUGACA